AUGGACCACCACCCCACUCCUCUUGGAAACUGGCUUGAAGGCCUCGUCAACAAGUUAUUUUACCAGCCAGAUGACGCACUGUGUGAAAAGAUAAUGAAACAAGAAGUGAGCCCUCAGUUCAAAAUUUGUAUCAAUGGCCAGCAUGUGUCCAAGGAGGGAUAUGAUCAUGUGAUAACGGAGGCACGACGCACCUACAAGAUCAGCCUGCAAAGUAGCCGUGAGCUGCUGGCCUCAGCUAAUGCAACGGAUGAAGGCAUUGGUUCCGUCGCGCACAUUCAAACCUUUACAUUGGAGGAUAAGAAGACAGGCACUCAACGCACGCAGACCAGCUUGACAAUUUCUGUCAUUGAGCAGAAUGAAGGGGGGAAGCAGUUGAUUGAGAUGACGGAAAUUUUACUGGACAAUUGA